AUGUCUGCUCUUCCCAAUGGCGCCGCCACGACCCUCACAUUGUCAACGAAUACCGCCGGCCCGAGUAGCAACAGCAGCAGCAGUAACAAGCCUCCUCCCACCAUGACCAUGACCACCGCGAACCCAUCAUCCACCAACAUCCCCAAACCCCCCUCCAAAAAGGAUGACGGCCCGUCCUUCUCCGCCCUCCGCCAUGCAAGCACGCCCUCCGAGAUCCGCACCGCCCUAGCAGCCCUCCACGCCCGCGAAGCCGCCCUCACAGCCGACCUCAGCGCCCUCCUAUCCAGCCACGCCGACCUCUCCCGCUCGCUCUCCCGGCUCGACAACCUGCGCGCGGGGCUCGGCGCCCAGGUGAUCGCGGCGCGCAGCAUAUCCAACAACAUCCUCUCCUCGGCAGCCGACACGGCGGCGCGGCUCUCGGGCCGGGUGCGCGCGCUGGACCUGGAGAAGCAGCGCGUCGAGGACACGCUGGCCGUCGUGGAGCAGGUGGCCGAGCUGAAGGCGUGCGUGGCCGGCGUCGUGGGCAGCAUGGGCGCGCCGCAGGACUGGGAGGCCGCCGCGGGCUACAUCGCCCGGGCGGCGCGCGUGCCGGACGAGAUCGUGCGGGGCGGCUUCGCGGCCGCCGUCGUGCCCACCGUCGAGGUGCCGGAUCCGCCGUGGGUUACGCUCGAGCAGGCCAGGGAGAGUCUGUGUAGUUUGUUUCUGAGAGAGUUCAAGAAGGCGGCGGCGGAGGGAGAUGCGGCGAAGGUCACCAGGUUCUUUAAGCUGUUCCCCCUGAUUGGGAGGGGCGAUGUGGGGCUCGACGUGUACGGGCAGUAUGUGUGCCAGGGUGUGGCGGGCGAGGCAAGGGCCUCGUUGAAGGAAGGGGCCGGGCAAGGGAGGAAGGACGGCGUGUUCUUCGCGAAUGCCCUGACGAGGCUGUUUGAUCACAUCGCACGUAUCGUGGACGCGCAUGGUGGGCUCGUGGAGAGACACUACGGAACGGGCAAGAUGGUCAGGGUUAUUGAGAGACUACAGAUGGAGGCUGACGUUCAGGGCGGAAUUAUCCUUGACUCGUGGAGCGACGACCGGACGGUGGACCGGAGGCUCACCGAUGUCAAGAGCUACCCCUUCUCGUUCCUGGUACAGAGCUUCCUGCCGCAAAAUCGCGGUUUUGGAGGCGCCCCGCGGGUCAAUUCGCCUGCUCUUGGUGGCCAAGCCACCGAUGCUCGUAACAGCGAGGACGAAGGCGUCAACAUGAGGGAGGUGGAUGCUCUGCUGGUCGAGAUCGCCGUGAUGCUCGAGAAGUGGUCUGUCUACUCCCGCUUCCUUGCCGCAAAGUGCCAGGAUCCACAAGCGCCCGACGACUCUCAACUCACUGUUCCGGACGUCCUGAUUAAGUCGAACCUAAGCCGCAAAGUGUCAGGGAAGCUCAUUAGCCCGUAUAACGUGCUCACCACUUUCUUCUUCCGGCGGUCCGUCGAGAAGGCAUUCCAGCUCGACGAGUCUCCGCCUGGGCUCUCGUUGAGCAUGAGCAGAUCAAUAGACAGCAAUCCCCCAUUCAUCAUCUCGGCAGUUGACGUGGUUAUGUAUAUCGUCAACACCGUUAUCCAGAGAUCCAUCUCCACGUCUCAACGAGGCGUCAUCGAUUCCGUUGUCGCCACCAUAUCCAGCAUCCUCGGCUCUGACUUUGUCGGCAUGAUCCAGCGCAAGAUGCGCGACGAAUCUUACCCACGAGCCACCGUUCAGGGCAACCUCCCGCCCGAAGACAAAAUCAUCUCCUUCAUUGUCCUCAUCAACAGCCUCGACAUGGCCAACGAAUACCUCGCCCGCAUCGUCUCUAGCUUCCUCCAGUCUCCCGAACAACACGCCAACGGCAUCGGCGUUUCCUCUCACACCAGGCCGCUCCAGGACGCUUUCCCAUUCAAGAACGAAGCAGGUGAGGUGGCCACUCGCCUCAGAAACCUCAACGCCUCCUUCUCCGCCAAGGCCUCCGAGCUCCUCAACGAAGGGAUCAAAGUCCUCUUCAGCAACGUGAUAAAGCCCCGGCUACGCCCCGUCCUGACCGACACCUUCCGCGACGCAGACUACACAUUAACCGAGGAGGAGCUGGCCGAACUGGCGGCGCAGAACGGCCAGACCGAGGAUGACAUCCUCGACCAGGUACCACGCGUGUUCGAGCACGGCUGGGACGGCCUGAUGCGGCCGAUCGCGCGGCUCAUGACCCCGCGGACGUACACCACGCUGCUGGACCUGACGGCCGACUACCUCGCGCGGGUGCUGGAGAAGAGGGUGUGGAGCUAUGCCGGCGGGAGGACGAGUCCGUACGGGGCGAUACGGAUGGAGAGAGAUUUCGGCGGCAUCAUCGGGAGCAUCAGCAAGGGCAACUAUGCAGUGCGGGAGCUGUUUGGGAGGACGGCGCAGAUAUUGAUGGUCGCGAACAUGGAGGACGACGAGUGGGAGGAGCUGGCCGCGGAGGAGGGCGAGGGUGAGAUGCAGUGGGUGCUGACUGAGGAGGAGAGGAGGCGGGCGAGGAGCAUAGUCAUGACCUAA